UGGCUAGUAUAAAAACUUAGCCCAGCGUCCAGAACGGCAUCAGAUGUCCAUUUGUAGCAUCACGCCGCAGUUAUCUAACAGCACCGCCUAGUGAAGAGUGUGUGCUUCGAGAAGCAUCAAGUUUUUUUUUUGACUAAUAGUUUUGACCCGUAGCAGGAGAGUUGCAGCCAUCAUCAAUUGAAGAGUCCUUAUACGCCCAAGAAAAGCAAACGAAAUGUUGAGAUUCGUGUCAGCUCUUGCAAUCCUCGCCGCGACCGCCAAGGCUGCCCCGGUGGAACCUGUGCACUACUCCUUCGUCUCCCAGCACCCGGUUCACUACGAACCCGCCCAUCACACCGUUCCGGAGGUCCACUACCCAAUCCAUGUACUGGAAAGCCAUGGUUACGAACCUCAGUACGAGCAUGUAGUUGCCGAGCUUCCACAGAAGUACAUCGUUGAGAGCCACCACGACGAUUACCACGGACACCACGAAGCUCCUGAACAGAGUUACGUCGCCCACGGUAAUGCCGGUGGCUACAGUGCCCUGUACGGUGGAGAGGUCCAAGGCCAUCUGUACAGCACUGGAGGCGAAAGUGGCUAUGCCAAGAAAUACAACGAUUACUACGCAUACCCCAAGUACAAGUUCGAGUACGGAGUCGAUGAUCCUCACACCGGUGACCACAAGAAGCAGUGGGAAUACCGUGACGGUGAUGUCGUUAAGGGAGGAUAUAUGCUGAAGGAAGCUGAUGGAACCACCCGCGUUGUCGAGUACACUGCUGAUGAUCACAAUGGAUUCAACGCCGUCGUCAAGAACAUCGGUCAUGCUCACCAUCCGGCACCCCACGCCCAUGCUCCAGUGUCCGUCAACAAUGCCUAUGGCCAUCUGGGUAACUACGCUGGAGCCUAUGCAACCGGUGACUACUACGGCAAGGGAGCGACCAGCUACUCCAAGAUCUGGAAGCAGCACUAAACCGUUGCGACGUACGGCCAUGAAGUAGUAGUGUACAAUUGCCAAAGAAGAAGAACCACACGCAAAACGACCACAUUA